UUCUUUCCUUCCAACGCGUCAAUGUCCAAGGCUCUGAAGGCAAAAGAUCAGCUGGUGCGCAUCCUGGUUCCUGCGGGAAAGGCUGCACCUACACCACCCGUCGGUCCGGCGCUUGGUGCGCGUGGUGUAAAAUCUAUGGAUUUCUGCAAGGAGUUCAAUGCGCGAACUGCGCAUAUCGAACCUGGGGUUCCAACUCCCACUUUAAUCACCGUCGAGCCUGACCGCACUUUUUCGUUCAUCACCAAAACACCACCAACGACCUACCUCUUGAAAAAAACUGCGGGGAUAGAAAAGGGAACUGGUCGACCUGGUCAUGAAGUCACCGGAACAAUUAGUCUCAAACACGUGUAUGAAGUUGCAAAAAUUAAAUCCAAGGAUACGCAUCUCAAGCACUUGAAGCUCGAGUCGAUUGCAAGCACUGUUAUUGGCACAGCAAGAAGUUUGGGUUUACAGGUUGUGCCGUGACCUCUUGUCACAGGAAAGGUACGCAACUGGUGGUGUUGCAUUAUUCUCCUGAUGGGCUUACGAUCGAGAUUCGACUCGUGCGUGCCGCACCUUAUCAAUCUGAAUCAAGACAUGCGAUCUCUCAUUGAGACCUUAGAACACGGGGUCGCCACCGCAUCCCCCAGUCGAUAUGUGUAUGAUAGGCCAUGAUCGGACGUACUCCAAAGUCAAAGGACUGGAUGCUCACUAAUCUACAUCGUGUAAUGAAGAGAUGAAAUGGAAAGUGCCUGAUGCAACGAGGAGCAACUUGAGCAAGGUUGAGUUCAUUCACCUUAAAUUACGCUUCUCUCUCUUCAUUUGAACAAGGACUCUCCGGUCUUCGUAAACCGAGGUUGUCUUC